UUUAGGAAUGAAAGGUUUUAUUUGAGUUUUUCCAUACACAAUUAUACAAAUCUAGAGAAACAAAAACCCAAAAUAGGAGACCAUUUUCUGAAAGUAAAGAUAUGUUGGUAGUCUUCGAGUGCAAGAUGGCGGCGAGGAAGGGUUGUGAGAUGGCUCUGAGGCAGUGUGCUAUCGUGGCCCUGAGGAAUGGCCUUGGUGGAAGACAGCAAGUGGCUGCUGCUUCCUCACUGGCCAAGAUCGGCAACAGAGAUGUGGUGGGCUACGGAGUGAAUGGUGCGCCAAACUACUACGAUCGCGUUGACUUCCCCAUGCCUGCUGUCCGCUUCAAGGAGAACACACCUGAUGUCAUGGCUCUGCGGGAAAAGGAGAAGGGUGACUGGAACAAAUUGACCAUGGAGGAGAAGAAGGCGCUCUACCGUGCCUCCUUCUGCCAGACCUUUGCCGAGAUGAAGGCACCCACUGGCGAAUGGAAGAGUAUACUUGGCAUCAGUCUUCUUGCCUCCUCCAUUGCCAUCUGGGUUUACCUGCUUAUGAAAGUCUAUGUUUACGACGCCAUACCAGACACACUCUCCCAGGAGAAGAAAGAGGCCCAGCUCAAGAGAAUGAUUGACCUUCGUGCAAACCCCGUCACUGGUGUCUCCUCAAAAUGGGAUUAUGAGAAGGGAGACUGGAAGUAAGCCCAUCUCUGCCCUGCCUCGCUGCCACUUUAGAAUAGGUACCAACAAGGAAGGAAAUUAUCUUGGUUAGUCCCCAGUCCAUUACAAAAUUUGUCUUCUCACUGCAAUGUUUUAACUACGUAUUUUGGUACCGACAAAUAUUAUGGGGCAUGAUGCUAAUACAUCACCGGUAUAACUUUUUCCCUUUAAGUUUUAAAGUUUUAUACAAAUUAAUGAGGUUGGUGCUCAUUUCCUGUAUUCUUGCUCCUUGAAGUUGGAGACCUUUUGCUAAAUUUACUCUUAUAAAUUACAAUUUUCAUAAGGGGGUUGCAUUUAAGUUGUUCUCCCCACCCCUCUUCCCCUCACAACACAGAUACCCCAUUCCAGCUCCCUGGCUCAAUAAUAGUGUACCUUUUGCAAUUGCACUCAGAGUAAGGAUGAGGGAUGGACAAGAGGGCAUACAUCAUUGAGAUGGAAUGUGUGGGUUAACUCAUUAAGCAGUUGUUGCUUAACUAUUCCUUAAGUUACACAGCAAUACCUUUCACCCUACCAACAGAACACCAUCCCAAGCAGUCAGGGAGCAAGAGAAUAUUGUAAAUAUGAGCUAUUAUUUAAGUCGCUGUGUAGUAAAUGGUGACAGAC